AGGUUGAGCCUCGGAUUACCAUCACAAACGACAUAUUCCUAAUAUUUCAAUUCGAUGCGCUGGUGAAGGACGGAGCUGGGAGAACUUUAUCUACGGCACGAAGUAGAGAUAUCAAUUGGGUUACGGCCGCAAUCACGGAUACCGAUACUCGACGAAAGCAACCGACGCGAUCGAUUAAUCAAUCGGAGGGAGAACAGAUCCGAUAAUCACAUCAAAGACGACGAAAGGACGAGCGGAAAACGGCCAGACCGCAGCCGGCCCCACAAAGAUAUCAUAGAGAAAGCAAUGAGGACAUCAACACUCUUCAACGCCCUAUCGGGGGCCGCCGUGGUGGUGGCGGGCGUGCUGGCGAUGGACCUCGGCGACGAGAUGCGCAUGGGGUGGAAGUAUGGCCUGCUGCCGCGGCAGACGGCGCAGAACUUGCAGACUUUUGAUGGGAAUUUGGGCGGUGUCCAGGCGUCAGCGAUUACCAAGUCAAAUGACCCUAGUAGACCGUUCGAGGUUGACGGCGAUACUUUUCCCGACUUCAACACCGCCGCGGGCAGAUCGUGCGAUAACCAGAAGAACAAGUGCUCACAAGCAGCCAAUAACGGACCGCAAAAGUUUGAGGUGACGAAGUGCGAUGAGCAAGCUGAGCAAUGCAAAAACACAAUCGACUCGAUCACAAAGCAGAGCUUUGGCGAUCCCGUGUUUUCGGGCACGGUGGGUGACUUUGACAUCUUUUGUGAUCCUUGAGAGAUCUGUCUGAGUUGGGUGGUGGAGUGAGAUGUCUGUUGUCAGCGGCGGCGGCGGCGGUGGUGAUGUAAGCGUUGCUGUGUAGGAGCUCUGUGAAAGGAGUUACCUACGACUUGUGUAUAUUGAGAGAUGACGGAAAAUGAUUGAUGGGU